AUGUACCUCAAGAGCUGCUCGGUGCAUACAGAAGAGCGCAAGGCCGCCGAGUGGGAAAAUGCUGCGGAAAUGGUGAAGACGUACAGCGACGAGAUGGUGGCACGCUGGAACAAGGAGAUCGACACUUACCUGGUCUACGCCGGCCUCUUCUCCGCCAUACUCACGGCGUUCAACGUUCAGUCGUACUUGCUACUUCAACCCGCUGCACCCGAUCCGUCUAUCGCUAUCCUGCAGCAAAUCUCCUCGCAACUAGGGAGCUUUUCAAUCAACUUACCAUUCGUGAAUUCGACCCAAUCGACCAGCGCCAAUCGUCUCAACACCGGUGCCGGUGCUGCACCACCCAUCCCGCGCUGGGCGGUCUGGCUGAACACGCUGUGGUUCUCAAGCCUCAUCCUCUCGCUCACCUCCGCCUCCGUAGGAAUCAUGGUAAAGCAGUGGCUGAACGAGUACACGAGCGGCGUCUCCGGGACCUCCCGCCACGCCGCCCGCGUGCGCCAGCACCGUCUCAACAACCUCAAGCAAUGGCGCGUAGAGGACAUCGUCGGUACCGUGCCC